AUGCCACAUAACGAUCCUCUCCUCGUCGACCUUGACAUCGGUGAAUGCCUAGUCGCAAAAGUCCUUAUUGAUACCGGCAGCUCAGUCGACCUCAUCUUUCGCGACACACUCGACAAAAUGAGAGUUGAUUUAAGGGAUAUGAAGCCUUCCUCUCGCACGCUCACCGGCUUCAACGGAGCCUCGGAGCAAAUGAUCGGGACAAUUCGUCUUCCAGUAUACGCAGAUGGUAUAACCCGCACCGUCAAGUUCUCCGUCAUCCGCGCCAAAGCACCUUAUAAUGCCAUACUCGGAACACCAUGGCUGCAUUCCAUGAAAGCCGUUCCUUCGACUUAUCAUCAAUGCGUCAAGUUUCCCGGAAAAGACGGCAAAACACAGACGAUUCGAGGAGAUCAACAAGCUGCGAGAGAACUACUGAUCGCAACUGUAAAGAUGCAGCAACAGGCUUCCCUUGUUAACUCCGUCAGUAAACCACUCCACAAGAUAUACCCCCAAGAGGAGGAAGUUCGCGAAGUCACAAUCGAUGAGUCCGACCCGACGAAAAUCAUCCGAGUUGGCGUCUACCUGUCCGACGACAUAUGUUCAAGGAUCAUCUCUUUCAUCAACGACAACGCCUCGACAUUCGCCUGGAAGGCUUCCGACAUGAAGGGGAUCGACCCCGCAGUUACCUCCCAUGAACUGCACGUCGACCCGACGUUCAAACCCGUCCGACAGAAGCGACGAAAACUCUGA